AUGAAAACUGUUCUUGUUCUAUUGUCGUUUGUUGUUAUUGGUGAGUUUUUUGUGAAGAAAAAUACCUAUUUGCAUUAGAGCGCACUUGUUUAAAUAUAAAUUUUCUUUGAAUUCACAGAACCAUCAUUUUUCCAGGCAUCAAUGCCCAAUUCAGCUCUACUGGCCAAGCCAGUAUUGUAAAUGCUCACAAUGAUUUGAGAAGUCAAAUCGCCAAGGGAACCUAUACCGCAAAAGGAACCAAGAAGCCAGCAGGAAGUAACAUCCUUAAAAUGGUAAGUUUUUUUUCGUUUUUUGACCGCAAACUCAAUUUCUUAUCAGUCAUAGUACAAAAAACAUUCAUUCAGAAAUGGGACUCAAGCCUCCAAGCCCAAGCUCAAGCCUACGCUAACACUUGCCCAACCGGUCACUCUGGAACCAAUGGAGUUGGUGAGAAUCUCUACUGGCUCUGGACUUCCGGCAGUCUCGGAGAUUUGAAUCAAUACGGAGCGAAAGCAUCAGCCGCCUGGGCCAACGAAUUCCAACAAUAUGGAUGGGCAUCGAAUUUGUUGACCGUCGAUUUGUUCAACACUGGCAUCGGACAUGCCACUCAAAUGGCGUGGGCUAAGACUGGAACCAUUGGAUGUGGAGUCAAGGCGUGUUACGAUAACUCGAAUAAAAUGAACAAGGUUGCUGUAGUUUGUCAAUACAAACCACCAGGCAACUAUUUGAAUCAAUAUAUUUAUACAACUGGUUCGACUUGCUCGGCAUGUCCAAGUGGAACAUCUUGCGAAUCAUCAUCUGGAUUGUGUGUCUAA